CGCGACAAUUAUUGAUACAAAGAAAAUAGAGAAAUAGAACAUAACUUGCAAACAUCCAAUAGAAGUAAAAGAAGAAGAAGCACCUACAGACACAUUUGCUGGAGCUAUACCUUACGUAAUUAAGAUAUUGUGUGCAUAAUGUCCCUGGAAUCAAAACCGUAUAGAUAUUUUGAUACUCCAGAUGGUGAAGAUGUUUUUAAAAAACUAUGGAUUGUUCUCAAACCUUCUGCGGUUUUGGCUGUAGCAGCCUCUACUACGGAUGUAUUGCUGUACUCAAAACCUAAAGGAUUUAUUAAUAUUUUAUUCAGGUUUUCCUCAAUAAGUUUUCCUAUAUUAACAGUUAGUACCGCAUUUGUACUUUCAACCAAUUUGGUGGCUAGUAUUAGAAAAACAAAUGACAAUACAAAUUGGUUUUUGGGAGGCUUCACGGCCGGUACUACCUUUGGCUUUUUGACCAGGAGACCAAUGAUUGGAUUUAAUAUGGGUCUGUUAUUAGGAGUUGCUGCAUUAGUUAAGAAAAAUUCACAACUCAGUGGUUAUACAUUAACACCUCCGAGUGUUAAAACUUCAAGAGGUAGUCUCUGGCUACUUCAUCACGAUUUGUCACUACUUGCUGAAAGACCAAGAAACUGGACAACUGGGCAAGAAGAUGCAAAGUAGUUUCACAUUAAUGUUAAUUUAAAAGGAAAGUAAUAAAAAAAUGUAGACUUCCAAAAAAGAUUGCUUGAAUAGUUUCCUCUUGGAAUCUAAUGAAUAACCUAAGUUAUAGCAGGCCUUAAAUAAAGAUCUUUCUGUCACAAUAAAUGUGAAGAACUUUUUUUGAGUGUGGAUAUUGUUUCUGUAAAUAAAAAUUUCUUAGUAU